CUCCAUAAAUAAAAUGUUCAGAGAAAUUCCAACUGUAAAUCGCCUUCUACAGAAAAAAUGGAAUGAUAAAGACCAACAGAUCCAUCUCCAAAAGCUGAAGAAUGCUAAAUCUACCUUCAACAUAAAGAAGAGGAGAAGCUCUAGUAGGAGAAUCUCCAAGAGUACAAGCAAGAAGGAUAAAAUACAGGAAGACAGAUUCAAACAAAUAGAAAGAGAUAAUAAAAUACUACUACAGAAAAUGAGAAGGAUCAUGAAAAAUCAUAGUGGAGUCAACCUCCCCUUCGAGAAGGGAAGUCUCAAUAAAGGAAUGAGGAAAUAAACAACUUGCUGAUAUCACCCUGGCUAAUUAUCAACUCCUUCAAAGGUUACAGGACAAGAAGAGCAAUUAUAAUGUACUUAAGUGGGAGAAAGAUCGGAUUGAUAACAAGAAGUUAGCACAAAGAAUAGGAAUAUUUAGUUCAACUAUGGUAGACCCAGCUCAUUCUAAGUCAAAACAAGCACUUCCAACUCUUAAGAACCCUAGAGAGUCUACCACAAGGAUGACUAAGAAGAGAAUGAAGAAGAAUUAUCAAACAGAGCUACAGCCACUUGAGUUCCCAUCCUCUUUUCCAAAGAGAGCCAAGACAACAACUAGGAAGAGGAAGAGAACUAUAGCUACUCCUGAGGAGGAUGGUGAUAAAGCCAAAGACCUAGACCUCGCCAAGGUAUGUAGCAUCCCCGAGGAAAGAGAAGUCAUCUUCCAAGCUAGCAAAAAUGAUGGAAAAUAAAUACGAAGUUGAAAUUUCUCAGACUGAAGACAAAAUGUUCAUCGCUGCAGCCAAUAAAGUCAAGCACUCAGAACAUUAUUUGAUCGAACUUGAAAAGGAGAAAGGAGAAGAGAUCCUAAAAGAGUUUAACAACAACUUUCAGGUUAUUUUAGAUAACUUGAAAGUUAUCAGCAGAAGACUUGUGCUAUUAAACCCUAAUAUAAAUGAUCCAAAAAGAGCAAAUACUACAAGGAAUAGGACAAGAAAGAAAAACUUUAGGAAACUAAACAAAAGAGGUAAUGCUUCUCAGCCAUCAUUACGCCCUGGGACAGUGAAUUCUCCAUCAGGAGAUCUGAUGGGAGUAAUGCCUGAAACGGCAAGACCUGUAAGUCCAACCCAAAAUACAAAUGAUUUACAAGCGUAAUUCAAUAUUAUUUAAUGGA